GACACAAACUGUUCUGAUCUUUCUUUUUGAUGAGUGAGAAUGAUCUUUUUGAAUGGAUAUGAUGUCGAAGUAUUUCUUUUGUUGAUAUGAGGGAUGGGUACCUCAUUCCUUGACAUGAGAGAUGGGUACCUAUUCACACGAGAGGAAUCGGUGUUGACGGGCGGUCGGGGGUCGACGGGUGGUGGGUGGUGGGUGGUAAGAAGUGGAGGUGCGAUUGAGUUGUCAACGACCGAUGGUUGCCUGUUUCGAUACAAGGUCAUGUGGUCGUUACGUGUAUCGGGUGAUUAGUCAAUUCGGUGACGGGAUAAUCAGGUAAUUCCCUCAAGAAGAUCUCAGUAGAGAGUGCGGUGUUCAGAACAUCCGUAAAAGCGGGUAACAUGAGUUGAUCUGAUGACGGGAGGAGAUGAUCGGUGGAGUCAAGACAGCAGAUCUAGUCAAUCAGGUUCAGACUGGUACAGGAUGUUUAAAAUACAGAUGCAUAGAUGUUUUCUAUC